GUCGAGUGUUUUAUUACUUUUCCAGAUUAAGUUAAUGUGUUUAUUAUUUCUUGAAUUGUACUUAAUACUUACUAAAUACAUUAAAUAAAUAUACCUACAGUGCUUUAAGAUUAUCUCAUUUAGAAGUUUUAAAAUUGCCACAAUGGAUAUUAUUAUUGAAAAAAUGGAAAUAUUGGGCAUCCGCUUCGCACCAUUAAACGUACCAUUUCAAAGACGACUUCAAACAGUCUCAGCAGCAAUAUGGUUCAUCACAAUGGCAUUCGGUGGUUUUAUAGGAUUUUUAAUAUGCUUGUACCUAGUGCUCUUUACAAGACUUUGGUGGCUCACGUCCAUAUACCUUUUCUACAUCUGGGUUAUAGAUAAGGACAUCAGCGAGAAUGGGGGUAGACCGAGCAAAUGGGUUAGAUCGUGGGCUAUUUGGAGAUAUACCAGGGAUUAUUUUCCAUUGAAAUUAGAAAAAACUCCUUUUGUGGAAUUAGAUCCCAAGAAGAAUUACCUAUUUUGCUGUUUUCCCCACGGUAUGUUAGCAACAGGAGCUUUCAACUUUGGAACUGAAUGGAGUGCUUUCAGAAGCCUAUUUCCCAAACACGAACCUAGAGUAGUAACAUUAUCACAGCAUUAUCAAAUGCCUAUAUUCAGAGAUCUGGCCUUAGGAUUCGGUGGUAUUGCAUCUUCUUCAAAAGCCAUAAAUUACGUAAUAAGCAGACCAGAAGGAGGCUACGUUUGCGCUCUAAUGGUAGGAGGGGCAUUCGAAGCCUAUUUUUGUAAGCCGGGGAGUUACAAAGUCGUUUUAAAAUGUAGAAAAGGUUUUGUUAAGUUAGCAAUUAAAAACGGAACACCUUUAGUACCGGUGUUAUCAUUUGGGGAAACUGAUUUGUUUGAUCAGGUGGAGACGUCUUGGUUGAGGAGUUUGCAGGAGAAGAUACGAAAGUUAAUUGGUAUGGCGCCAAUUUUGCCUAUUGGUAGGGGAUUUUUUCAAUAUUCUUUUGGAAUUAUACCUAGGAGAUGUCCCGUUACCACCGUCGUUGGUCAACCGUUGGAGGUUCCAAAAAUGGAAAACCCUUCGCGAGAAAUCAUAGAAGAAUAUCACGAAAAAUUCAUAGAACACCUGACUGCAAUGUUCGAAGAACAAAAGUACAAUUAUCUAGAUAAACCCGAAGAAAAAAACCUUAUCAUAGAAUAAGAAAAUACCUGAAAUUUCACGAAAAAUUUCGAAAAUGUUUGCGGUUUUUAACAUUCAUGUCCAGAAGAUUUUAAACGGUGAUUUUAAACUAUACAUAUUUUUUACAUAGUUUUAAAUUACCUACUAAUGAGUAAUCCACAAAAAAUGUUUCUUAAGUAGGCCUUGGAGAAAUGCACGUAUGUCGAGCUUACGUCCUUCUUCUUUUAAGUGCCACUUUAAAUCUAAUUAAUAGCUUCGCGUAUCUCUAUCUUUGUCGGUUACGGCCUACUUAAGAAAUUUUUUUGUGGAUCACUUUUUACAGAUAUAAAUCUCAUCAUACCAAAUUAUCUCAUUAUUUGGAAAAUUUAAAAUUUCAUCUAUUCAUAUUUAUAAUCUUAUGAUGGCUAGAUUAAUUAUUAUUUGAACAAUAUUGUUUAUUUCAUGAAUUUAUGAAAGCAUUUAUCAUCUUGUUUAAUGAAAAAGAAUGAUCCAAUUAAUAAAUAAGAUAUUGAUUAAGAAUAGUUUUGGGUACCUAAAUAUAUAAAUUGUUUUGAGUUGUUUUCCGGGAUAUCAAAUUUGUUUGGUCAAUGAUUAAGUAAUUUUUUAUCGAUAUGAGUAGAUUUUUUUGCCGAAAUGACUUAAUUUUAGUUACAUAAUAAUUAAUAUAUCAGAAAACAAAAAGGUACAAAGAAUAAAAACUUGAAUUCAAUAUCUUCUUCAUGCCUAAAACACAUAAAAAAUCUACCUUAAGAUAGGAAAACAGAAGAAUUAUAAAAUAUUAGUAAGUUACAAAUAAAUAACUCAGGGUUAUGAUAAUUGGAAAAGACCAAGUACAUAAAAUAGAUUUUUUUAUAUAAAUAGAUAUAGAAGAUCUAUAUUUAAAAUAAGAAAACCCAUUUGGCAUUCCAAACAAAAUGGCUAUCAGUGGGUAAUGACAAAUGAUAUGGCAACCCUGUGGGCCUGGUGCUCAAUGGCCUGGUGAUUUGACAGGGUCAUUGAUAUAGAUAGUUAUACCCAGAUAGCACAAGUCUGUACUAGGGAUAUCCCGAGGUUAUUCGAUGGGAUAUUAGUCUAUAUCUUUGGAAUAUACGGUUUCGGCUAUGCGAUAUCCCUAGUACAUCCUGAGGAUAUACGAUGUUAAAAAACGGGAUGUCCUCGGUAUAUCCCAAAACUUUAUCCCCGGGAUAUUCCAAUACUUUAUCCCCGGGAUAUCCCGUAUACUUUAUUCCCAGAGAUUUUUUUGUGUCCUAUCUUGCCGCUCUUUCGCCCUCUUGAGCCAUGCGGCGAGCAUAUAUACCCUUACCACUACACUCCAUACAUAUGGGUGAGCAAUUUAUAUAACUAUUAUGAAGACUAGAGAUAAGGAGGCGAAUCGGCCUUGGUCAAAUUUCAAAUUUUAUGUCCCUAUUUUUAUGGAGUUCCAAAAAACUACUGUAGUUGGCGGGUGGCAAAAUAACGACGUCUAUUUUCUAUGCAAGUCAAUGGGAAAUUAAGUGAUUUUUGUAAAAUUUAGUGAAAAGAAUAAAAAUAAGCUGAAAUAAAGAACCUGACUACAAGUAACAAUGAGUAACAAAAAACGACAAAGCAGGAUUUUCUUCGUGCCGGUUGCAAAACGGGAUAUAAAUCCGAUAUAAAAUUAAAGAACUCACAAGGAAAUAAAAAUCCAAGUCUUUUUACAGCUCCUAGUGUAAGUAAAAUAAUGUAUUUAUUUCUAAAUAAUAUAUAUUUAUUGUAAAAUAGUCACAACCCGUAUCUUACGGAGUGUAGUUUAUUUAAUUACAAAAUUCUAUAAUAAAAAAUAAUAAAUUCAUAAAUCCUGACUUACGAACAACAAUAAUUACACAUUAAAUUUAACUUACUAGAAAAGAAAAUUUGCUUUUUUAUGUUUUUUGAUGUUAGAUGAAGAGUUACUACUGUUAGUUUUCUUUAUUGAACUCCAAUUUAGUCAUUGCAAAUAUUUUUUAUAGGAUCCUAAACAUAUCCUAAACGUUUAGAACAAUGGCAGCAUGUGAUUCCUAGGGCUGAUAAAGUACUGUCUAGUUAUGAUUCUGUUUGCGAGCUACACUUUUUAGAAGAUGAUAUUUUAAAAUUUGAUGAGACUAUUUUAACUAAUGGUACUGUUAGCAAAAUAAAAAGGGGACAGCUGAAAUUAAAGGAUCAGGUAAUACCAUGUACAUUCCCAAAUCUUCCUUUAUACUUGUAUUACAACAAUAAAAAAUCUGUUAACUGUGUUUUAUUUUACUCUUAAAACUAUAUAUUGGUUCAAUUAAAAAAAAAAAUUGCCACAAAAUUGUACUUAUCAAAUUUCAGCAAUUAAGAAACCUUUUCGAAUUUGGUCAUACAUACCAAAAUUGUAUUUUAUAUAGAUAAAAUUAAAUAAUUUAUCAACUAAAACCUGCAAGACUUAUUUAUAAAUAAAUACAACAGUAUGUUCUGUGCUUUAUUUAGUUGUAAACAAGUUUAUUUUUAUUAUUUUGAAAAAAUUAUGUAUAAUUCCCAUAAGAAGCCAUGUAUUUUGAACUACGUAAACCGUACCAGCGCCCAUGCGGUUAAUUAUAAAAGUUCAAUUGACGUGUGAUUUUUGGGACCGUAUUUUGAGCAUGCCGAUUCGCCUCCUUACCUCUAGUCUUCAUAAUAACUAUAUACAUCAUUAGUGUCAUUGUAUGAUCUGAAUUACCGACUGUCGGCGUCCCUCUGGUACAGAAGCGCCAUCUUAAUUUUAUACAUUUUGUGGGACACUUUUUGCCCUUACCUCUACACUCCAUAGACCAAUCUAAGUACCUAUAUAAAUAUAUAACCAUAUAUGUCAAAGACAACAGGCUCACAGGGUAAUGACCUGUCAUUACCCAUUGGCAGCAUUUUGACAGGUCGUUGAAAUGAUUAAUUGCUCAUGAUUGUAUUUGAACAAAUGAAUUUAAAAAAGAGGCCUUAAAAAAUUUAAAUUUAUGAAAAGAGAAAAAAUCAUCAAAUAAAGAGUAAUCUAAAUAUAUUUUUAAUAAUACUUAUGUCACUAAAUAGUACUAUAAAUUAUAUUUAUUAUACAAAUUAAAGAGCAGGUAUCGGCAUUUCAGAACAAACCAAUAAGUAAUAGGUUCGUACUCAAAGAUUGUGAAACAUUUUGAGCACAGUUUGAGCAUAAACAUUUUAAUUAAAUCGAACUGCUUAUAAUACGUACUUACUUCAAGAAAAAUUGCAAUGACCAUUCAUAGUAUCUCUUAUCAGAUACGAUAAUAUAUACACAUUUUUUCCAAUUUUCAAAACAUUUUCGAAUAGCACUAUGGUUUUUAAUUCAUUUAUCUAUUUUUUCGAAAAAUUACUUUUAUAUCGUCUUAGAAAAAUAAAAAAUCACAGUGAGCUAGAUCUAGUGAACAUAGUGGCUGUAGAACCAAGAUGGGUGGUUAUUAUUUUUUUAUCCUCGUUCAUGAUGAACUAUGUCGUUAUACCUGAAAAAACUUGAUUUCCACGUUUAAUUGCCUAUUGUUACGGUUUAAAACAAUUGUAAUUCGUCCCUAACUUCAGAUAACAUGCUUAAUG